AAAGCUUUGAGUCAACAAAUCGCCCCUCCCCUUAACUGUUGAUAGGAAAUGUGUGAGUAUUUCCUCUCACACAGAAAUGUUCUGUGAGGAUUUGACACAUGUCCUGAACCUCGGGGUCUACAACACUGGAAACUGAAGGACAGUUGAGGACUGGCUAAGGGACAACUCCUUUGGACACUGAGCUGGCCCAGCCUGAACCCAAGCAUCCAGUUCGUAGUGGACUAAUAAUCUGGACCCCACAAUGACUGCACCUCCGAGGGAAGUGCUGAGGAACGCUCUGGGCAACCUCACGGAGGCUGAAUUUAAGAGGUUUAAGCACGACCUUCGGGAUCAGAGACAAAUCACAUGGGGAAAGCUGGAGAAGGCAGACACAGAGGACACUGUGGACUUGAUGGUGAAGGUGUACAGCACUGGAGCUGGGGACGUCAUGUUGACCAUCUUGAAGAAGAUGAACAACAACCAUUUGGCCAAGGACUUGGAGAGAGAUCUGGGAAAAUGGAUGGUGAACGCCCCAGCCGUGAGCAGAGGAUCACCCAUGCCACAACAAGGAGGGGAUGACAAAGCAGCAGAGGAGGUUAAAAAAAAGAAAGCAUCACUAAAACUGAAGCUUCAGAAACACCAAAAAAAAAGAUUUUCUGUUGUACAUCAAGAGUCUGGAGUUUUUAGUGUACAAGAUAUCUACACUGAGCUUCACAUUGUAGAGGGCCGCACAGGUGGAGUCAGCAAUGAACAUGAAGUGUCGACAAUUAACAUGAGCCAGAUUGGGAGAGGACCAAGCUCUCAAGAUAAGCAAGUCAAGUUGGCAAACAUGUUCACAGACAACUCUGCCACAAAAGUUUUGACUUUGGGAAUUGCUGGCGUGGGGAAAUCUGUUGCAGUGCAGAAGGUUGUCAUGGACUGGGUUGAGGAAAAAGCAAAUCAAGAUAUAGACUUUGUUUUUGUUCUUCCAUUUCGGGAGUUAAACUUGAAGAAAGGUGAACACUGCAACCUUCUUGAUGUUCUUGAGGUAUUCUACCCUUAUCGGAAAGAUUUGGAAUACAUCCUUGACUUGAGUGACAGCAAAAUUCUUUUUGUCCUUGACGGUUUGGAUGAAAGUAGACUCAAUCUGGACUUUGGCAAAUGCAUUAGUAAGCUGGAAGCAGAGUCAUCAGUAGACAUACUCAUAACAAGUCUCAUUAAAGGUAUGAUAGUGCCCUCUGCACUCCUCUGGGUUACAACCAGACCAGCAGCAGCCAGUCUGAUCCCAGAAGACUGCUUCAACUUGGUGACAGAGGUUCUAGGAUUCAAUGACGACCAGAAAGAUGAGUUCUUUAAGACAAACAUAGAGACUCUAGAGAAGGCUAAGAGACUUAUUGACCAUAUCAACAAGAAUAGAAGCCUCCACAUCAUGUGUCACAUACCAGUAUUCUGCCAUAUUCUAGCCAAUGUGGUGGACAAAAUACUGGAAGAUCAGAGCAAAGAAGAAUCAACCAAAACUUUGACAGAAUUGUACACAAUGUAUAAUGUCUUUCAGAUGAAAAGAAUGAAUGACAAAAACCCGGAGAAGAUGAGUGCAAAGAAAAAAGGGCAGUUCCUUGUUAAACUUGGGAAACUGGCAUUCAAACAUCUGGAGAAAGGCACCCUGAUCUUCUAUGAGAAGGACCUGGCAGAGUGUGACAUUGAUGUAAAUUGGGGAGCACUGCAGGCUGGAGUUUGCACACAGAUCUUCAACGUGGUGUCAUUGGGCAAAUCCCUUCUUCAAGACUUGGAAGGAGAAGAUCAGCUGGUGGUUCACACACUCAAGGUUUGA